AUGCAAAAGUCGUUCGGUGUAUUAGCAAAGAUGGCGGAAGACUUUAGAACUGCGAGGCCAAAAGAUUACUUCAGAAAGUUUUUGGAACAGGAAGUUCGUCCAGAUGGCAGAGAAUUGGGGGAGGCACGUGCAACGGUUAUUAACAUUGGAUGUUUGACAACUGCAAAUGGAUCAGCAUUGGUUAAAGUAGGAAAUACAUCUGUGAUGUGUGGUAUCAAAGCAGAAUUGGCAAAACCAAGAACAGAGGAACCUACACAAGGAUUUAUAGUGCCCAAUGUAGAGUUAUCUCCCAUGUGCUCCCCACAGUUUCGUCCUGGACCUCCUGGAGAACAGGCUCAAGUCUUAAGUCAGUUCAUGCUUGAGGUCAUUAAAAAUUCGGAUUGUGUAAACCUUAGUGAAUUGUGUUUAGUGCCUGGCAGGUUUGUGUGGACUCUGUACUGUGAUAUAGUGUGUCUGGAUUAUGAUGGGAAUAUCACAGAUGCCUGUCUUUUAUCAAUACUUGCAGCUCUAAACAACACUACAUUACCAAAGGUCAUACUAAAUGAGGAUACAGACAAAAUAGAGGCUUACCCUGAUCAACUCUCAGCACUUCAACUACAAUCAAGUCCUGUGUCCUCAACGUAUGCAAUCUUCAAUAAUGAAAUUCUUUUUGUUGAUCCUACUGCUGAAGAGGAAAACUUGGCAACAGGACAACUAACUGUUGUCACAACAAACGACAAACUCUGUAUGGUUUAUAAGCCUGGUGGUACCCCGCUCACAGAUCAGCAGCUGUCCAUGUGUAUCAAACAAGCCCUCAGCAGAACUAGUGACAUUUUAAGACUUAUAGAUGACACAGUGUCCAGUGUUGAAAGGUAGUGCAAAAUAAACAAUGCCAAGGCUA